UCAGUCGCAGUUCAAUUUUCAUCAAGUGCGGGUGUAUUUUGCGGACGUGUUGUGACGACGUAUUAAAAACUUCGAUAAGUGCUAAAAAUGGCAAAUAAUUAAAAGUGAAAAGUGGCAAAGUGAAAAAAGGAGAAGAACAACAAAUAAACCGUAAGCAGCGCUGAUUAGAGCGCUCAUAAACGAAGAGAACGAGGCGUGCCAAGUUUUUAAAGUACAAGUGCAAAUUAAACCAACAUAUUUCGUGGCGAUGUCCACCGCCGAAACGGGGUCGUCGCCUGGCAAAAGCAACAGCAACAAUAACAACAGCGUCGCUGCAGGCGGCAAUGCGAAUCCGAAAGGUGUGCAGCGCCGACAAUUGCGCGAGCGCAAGCAGCGCAAACUUUACCUUGAGGAAUGUUUACUAGGUGAUGAUGACGCUGAAGGCGCGCGAGGCUUCAGUGUUGCCGAAAAGCUCGAAUCAUCCAAGUUCGCGCAGGCCGGUAUGGUACGGGAGAUGCGUGGUUGCGACCUCACAGUUUCUUUCCUGCAGCAACAUGGUUUCAAUAUACCUUUGCUGUUCAGGGAGAAAAACGGUUUGGGGCUGCGCAUGCCCGAUGCCCAAGAGUUCACAGUGAACGAUGUCCGUCUGUGCGUGGGCUCGCGGCGCCUGCUGGACGUAAUGGAUGUCAAUACGCAGAAGAAUCUGCAGAUGACGAUGAAGGAGUGGCAGCAAUACUAUGAUAAUCCGCAAAAGGAUCGACUGCUAAAUGUUAUAUCCUUGGAAUUCUCACAUACCCGACUCGAUCAUUUUGUCCAGAGUCCAGAGAUUGUGCGACAGAUCGACUGGGUGGAUGUGGUAUGGCCCAAACAACUGAAAGAUGCACAAAAAGAAGGCACCAAUCUGUUGGGCGGCAUGAUGUAUCCCAAAGUGCAAAAGUAUUGCCUGAUGUCCGUUAAGAACUGCUAUACAGAUUUCCACAUUGACUUUGGCGGCACCUCUGUUUGGUAUCACAUAUUGAAGGGCAGCAAAGUGUUCUGGCUAAUCCCACCCACCGAUCGCAACUUGCAGCUGUAUGAGAAAUGGGUCCUGUCAGGCAAACAGGCGGAUAUAUUCUUUGGCGACACGGUCGAGAAGUGUGCACGCGUCUAUCUUACAGCUGGCAAUACGUUCUUUAUACCCACCGGCUGGAUACAUGCAGUCUAUACGCCUACCCAAUCUCUGGUCUUCGGUGGCAAUUUUUUGCACUCCUUUGGCAUUGUCAAGCAGCUGAAGACGGCCAGCGUGGAGGAUAACACGAAGGUGCCACAAAAGUUUCGUUAUCCAUUUUUCACCGAAAUGUUGUGGUAUGUCCUAGCACGCUAUGUCUACACACUGCUCGGCCACUCUCAUCUGGAGGGCGAGCCGUCGGCCAGUGAGAUCGAAAUGUCCGCCCGCCCACACACCCAUCUUACCCACUACGAGCUCUUUGGGCUCAAGGAGAUUGUCAUGUAUUUGUACGAUCUGCCGCCUCAGAAGAAGAAUGUGCCCAGUCUUGUCUUGGAUCCGGUUGCACUCAUCAAGGAUGUGCGCACGCUGGUCGAGCGACAUUGCAAGGACCAACAGGAUAUGGCUGUGACGGGCAUGUCUGUCUUACGGCCCGCCACCGAGCAUCAGACACUCUUUCAGCUGUACGAUCGCACUCGCGUCAAGCAGGAGAUCAAACAGGAGAUUGCACGCAAAAAUGCGGAGGUCAUACGCGAACAACAGCAGCUGGAGGCGGCCAGGGAGGCUGAGUCAGAGGCUGGCCAGGGCGGACACAACAGCUCGAGCAAUGGCUGCAACAGCAGCAACAACUCCUCCAGCGGCAACAACAAUAACAAUAGCUACAGCAGCCAGGGCGUAGAGUACAGCAACGGAGUGCUGAAGAAGGAGCAGCUGGAGAAUGGCUCAUCCACAGGACAUGGCACGCAACAAGAAGCUACCUUUGUGCUGCCCACGGACACGCUGAAGUAUCGACCCCCUAAGAAGAUGCAUUUGGCCAAUGCUGUGGCCGCUGCUGCCAGCAACAGUAGCCACAACAACAACAGCCAAGUCCAUAGCAACAGUCCCACAAAUGUGGGCAGUAAUAAUAAUGCCGUCAGCGUCGUAGCCACCUGCUCCAGCUAUGUGGAUGGCGGCAUGGCUGCAACGCUGGACAACUGCCCGUCGCCGGGUGAGGCGGGCGCCAAGCUGUCGCCACAUUUGACGGGCACCGGACAGCCGAGACGACGGCGCACGCGCUGCAAGAACUGCGCCGCUUGUCAGCGCUCCGAUUGCGGCACCUGUCCCUUCUGCAUGGACAUGGUCAAGUUCGGCGGUCCUGGACGGGCCAAACAGACAUGCAUGAUGCGGCAGUGCCUGUCGCCCAUGCUGCCAGUGACAGCGCAGUGUGUCUAUUGUCACCUGGAUGGCUGGCGGCAGACGCCAGUGUCGCCCCAAACUAAGCAGCUGGCUUCGCUGGAGGGUCCUUCGGCCCUGAUGGAGUGUUCCGUUUGCUAUGAAAUCGCUCAUCCGGACUGUGCGUUAUCCCAGCUGGAUGGCACCGACGAUGCGGCCGAUGCCAAGGGCAUUGUCAAUGAGGAUCUGCCCAAUAGCUGGGAGUGCCCCAGUUGCUGUCGCUCUGGCAAGAAUUACGAUUACAAGCCGCGACAUUUUCGGGCACGUCAAAAGUCAUCGGAGGUGCGACGCGUUUCCGUUUCUCAUGGCAACAGUGCGACCGAGGGUCAGGAGGGAGCUGGAGGUGCUGGCGCCGGUAACAUUUUGCCGCCGCCCGUUGGUCAAUACAAUGAUUUUGUGUUUACCAGCGAAUCGGAAAUGGAGUCGAGUGGCAUGCAUACGACCCACUGGAAGCACGGCCUCAAGCGCCAUCAUCAGCUGGAGGUGAAGACGGAACGCAACAAUAGCUGUGACACGCCCUCUCCGGGAAUAUCGCCAAAUGCGUCGCAAUUGCUUGGCGAGAAAGUGAAGCGGCGCAAGAGCGACGAUGGCACCAGCGUCAGCAGCAGCAUGCACGAGAGCAACGAUGCGCCCUGCUCCAGUUCCAUGGAUGCUACAGGUGGAGCUGGCACUGGUGCCGCAUCAAGUGGACAUGGAAGUGGCGGCGGUUCACGCAAAAAGAACUCCAUACGCUCACAGCUGGCGCAACAGAUGCUCAACUCGUCGUCGCGGGUGUUGAAGAAGCCCCAGUAUGUGGUGCGUCCUGCACCCACAUCCAGCUCUACGCUGGCCAGUUCUGGUUUGAGCAACGGCACCAGCAAUGGGCUCAACAAUGGCGCCGGCACAAGUGGUGCAGCGGGCUCAGUUGGCACUAUCAGUAGUGGAGCUUGCGGUGCUGGUGGAACAUCUGUGAACAGCAAUGGUGCCAAUGGACACAGCCAUCAUCACACGCAUCAUGCUGGUGGCAACAGUCACAGUCACAGUCACAGUCAUAGCCACAGCCACAGCCACAGCCACAGCCAUAGCCAUAGCCACAGUCACAGUCAUAGCAGUAGCAGCGCACACAAUUUGGCCCUGGAUCCUACUGUACUUAAGAUAAUAUUCCGUUAUCUGUCGCCCGAGACGCUCGUCACGUGUUGCUCGGUGUGCAAGGCAUGGUCAAAUGCCGCUGUCGAUCCUGAUCUCUGGAAGCGCAUGAAUUGCGCUGAGCUUAAAAUAUCCGCCUCCCUGUUAACGGCCAUUGUGCGCCGGCAACCGGAGCAUUUGAUCUUGGACUGGACGCAGCUGGCCAAGCGACAACUGGCCUGGUUGGUGGCUCGCCUGCCCGCUCUUAAGAAUCUCUCCUUGCAGAAUUGUCCCAUCCAGGCGGUGCUGGCGCUGCACACCUGCCUCUGCCCGCCGUUGCAAAUACUCGACUUGAGUUUUGUGCGCGGCUUGAAUGAUGCGGCCAUCAGGGAUAUACUGUCGCCACCUAAGGACUCGCGUCCGGGUCUAAGUGAUUCAAAGACGCGGCUACGCGAUCUCAAAACCCUGAAGCUAGCCGGCACAGACAUUUCGGACGUGGCUGUGCGCUAUAUAAUGCAAUCGUUGCCACAUUUAAAACAUUUGGAUCUCUCCUCGUGCCAGCGCAUUACCGACGCAGGUGUGGCACAGAUUGGCACCUCGCCCACGGCCAUUGGACGCCUGGCAGAACUUAAUUUGAGCGCCUGUCGUCUGGUAUCGGAAAACUCGCUGGAGCAUCUCUCGAAGUGCGAGAGUCUUAUCUGGCUGGACUUGCGGCAUGUGCCGCAGGUGAGCACACAAUCGGUAAUACGGUUUGCCAGCAAUUCCAAGCAUGAUCUAUGUGUCAAGGACAUCAAAUUGGUGGAGCGUCGCAGGCUUUCCUUAACCCAUAACUGGCGUGAUUGAGGACCGACCAGCAGGCAGCAGAGGCGACGGCAGCGGCAAUUAUGUACAUUCACUGUCUGAAUCCGAGGCAGAUCUAUGGAUACCCUGUGGACUGGGCUAAGGGCAACUCACACACACACACUCACACACUCACUUUGUUCGCACACAACUUUUGACUCGUGUUUAGUUGUUAAGUCUCUACUUUUUUGUAAUUUUCAUAAUGUUUUGGGGCAUGUUCAGCUUUACGCUAGGGAACUGUAUUUAUUGUCAGCACACAAGGAACUUCCUCACCCAACCCGCCAGAGUAACAACUUAAGCUAAACCGUCAGAGCAACUCAAAUAUGUAGCAAUAGACAAUUUCAAAUUAAAAGAAAACCAAAGAAUUAUGUUUAUAAACCAGAAAAUAGAGCAAGCAAAGUAAUAAAACAAAGGCUACGCCCUUCGCAUUGCAUAUAUCGAUUAUUGUACAGUAAAAACUAGCGGAAAAAGACAUGAGUGCUGUCUAGUGUUUUAGAAGACCCAAAAAUAUUAAUGUAUACCCAUUGCUGAAGAAAUUUUAACUGUUUUUAAAACUUACAUAAAAUCAAAGUGUCUAAAAAAUACGAGAUGAAAAUUGGAAGAGAUUGCAUGAGAUACAUAUUCAAAAAUCGAAAAGUGUGAUCAGACAUAGGAUUCGAUUGAACAAAGAGAUAAAUUCUCAGUAUGUUAAAUGUGCAAUAAUUUAUAGGGUAUUAUGAGCACUAUGAACAAUGCGAAGGGUAUCUUGAAUUGCGGCGUUGCCGAAUUUUUUAAAAUGCAAUUAACGUAGAUUUUAUAUUUAAUUCAAUUUUGUUCAUUUCCUUUAAGCAUAUGUUAAACAAUAAGUAGAUAAGAUAAGAAGAGGUGUACACU